AUGUGUGCCCAUAACUCUCUUCCUCUCUAUCCUCGUUCUGCAGGCCAGGUGUUCCUGACCGAGGUCCGGCUCAUAUCCGCCCAGCGGGGGCUCUCCCCGCCAGCCUCCUGGGUGGAGACCUGCUCAUGUCCCGAGGGGUACACAGGCCAGUUCUGUGAAUCCUGUGCUCCCGGAUACAAGAGGGAGACACCACUGGGGGGUCCCUAUGCCAACUGUGUCCCCUGCACCUGCAACCAGCAUGGCACCUGUGACCCCCACACAGGGAUCUGCCUGUGCGGCCACCACACCGAGGGCCCGUCCUGUGAGCGCUGCUUGCCAGGUUUCUAUGGCAACCCCUUCGCAGGCCAGGCUGACGACUGUCAGCCCUGCCCAUGCCCCGGACGGUCGGCCUGCACAGUCAUCCCAGAGAGCAGGGAGGUGGUGUGUACCCACUGCCCCUUGGGCCAGAGAGGGCGGCGCUGUGAGCUCUGUGAUGACGGCUACUUUGGAGACCCUCUGGGGCUCUCGGGGGCUCCCCAGCCCUGCCUGCGGUGCCAGUGCAGUGGGAACGUGGACCCCAACGCCGUGGGCAACUGCGACCCCCUGUCUGGCCACUGCCUGCGUUGCCUGCACCACACGACAGGUGCCCACUGCGAACGCUGUCAGGACGGCUCCUACGGGAGCGCCCUGGCCCCUCGGCCCGCAGACAGAUGCACGCCCUGCAGCUGCCACCCCGAGGGCUCAAUCAGUGAGCAGAGAGCCUGCGAUCCGGAGACCGGCCAGUGCCCCUGCCUGCCUCACGUUACGGGACGGGACUGUGGCCGCUGCAGCCCCGGCUUCUACGACCUCCAGCCCGGGAGGGGCUGCCAGAGCUGCAAGUGUCACCCGCUGGGCUCCCAGGAGGACCGGUGCCACCCCGAGACUGGGCAGUGCCCCUGUCGCCCCGGGGUUGAGGGCCAGGCCUGCGACAGAUGCCAGCUGGGUUUCUUCGGCUUCUCCAUCAAGGGCUGCCGGGCCUGCAGGUGCUCCCCGUCGGGCGCCGCCUCGGCCCAAUGCCACAAGAACGGCACGUGCGUGUGCAAGCCCGGCUUCGUGGGCUACAAGUGUGACCGCUGUCAGGACAACUUCUUCCUCACGGCUGGCGGCACACGCUGUCAGGAGUGCCCGUCCUGCUAUGCUCUGGUGAAGGAGGAGGCUGCCAAGCUGAAGGCCAGGCUGACCCUGAUGGAAGGGUGGCUGCAGGGGUCUGACUGUGGCCCGCCCUGGGAACCACUGCACAUUCUGCAGGGAGAGGCCCCACGGGGGGAUGUCUACCAGGGCCACCACCUGCUGCAAGGAGCCCGGGAGGACUUCCUGGAGGAGGUGACAGGCCUCGAGGAUGCGGUGAAGGCUUCCCGGGAGCAGCUGCGGGCACUGAGCAGGAGUGCCCACUGUGCCCAGGCCCGGGCAGAGAAGCCCUGCAUCCAGCUGGCAGAGCUCGAUGCAGCGCUGGAGUCCUCGGAAGAAGAGAUUCUGCAGGCAGCCAUCAUCCUCAAAUCUCUGGUGAUUCCUCAGGAAGGGCCCGGCCAGCCCACCACCUGGAGCCACCUGGCCACAGAGGCCCGUGCCCUCGCCAGGAGCCACAGGGACACCGGUGCCAAGAUUGAGGCCACUGCUCGGAGGGCCCUGGUCGCCUCCAACGCCAGUUACGUGCUUCUCUGGAGUCUGGUGGAGGGCAGAGUGGCCUUGCAGGCCCGGCGGGAACUGGAGGACAGGUACCAGGAGGUCCAGGCGGCCCGGAAGGCGCUGGGCACAGCUUUGGCAGAGGCGCAGCCCGAGGCCGAGAGGGUGCUGGCCGCUGUUGCGCGAGACGGUGCAGACGCAGCCCCGCGCCUGGCCUCGCUGGCCACCCCCGCAGCACAGCCUCAGAAGUCCCAGGCCGGGGCCCUGAGCCUGAAGGUGCAGGCCCUGGAGAAGACAGUCGCAUCCAGAGAGCGCAGGCUCACCGAGGCUGCCGGGACCCUCCAGGCCACCGCCCAGGCCGUGCUGCACAAGACUGAGCCCCUCACGCAGCUACGCCAAGAGGCCGGAGCUGCCCUGACCCAGGCUUCCUCAUCGGUCCAGGCCGCCACACUGACUGUCACCGGAGCCAGGACCCUGCUGGCUGACCUGGAAGAGACACCCUCUCUCACCACCAGCUGGCCUGUGCUCAGUGGGUAUUCAGGAUGAAAGGAAAAUUCACUGAGUGAAUAUGGAGCAGCUUUCCCCAGGGUGUGGCCCUGGGGCCCCUAGCCCAGGAGAGGCUCUGCCACCAGUUGUGUUUGUGUUCAGAUAAGUUUAGGAAAUGUCGCUACUCUAGGGCCCUCUUGAGGCCAUACGGUGUGCACCUUACGAUAGUAAAGGCCCUGAGAAGUCCUGCCAUAAAGAAACCCGGUUCUCUUUAUUUAUUUAAGCUUGAUGUUUUCUCCUGAUGUUUAGUAAUACCCCAUAGAGUUAGGACUCCACGGAGUGCAUUUUAAGAAACACCAAUUUUGUAUACAAGAAACAAAGUAGGGGCACCUGGGUGGCUCAGUCGUUAA